CUUCAAAUGAUCAUUGGUUAGCUUUUUGUAUAACGGAUUUUCUGAAAUCCUCUUAUUUCCCAUAUCGGACCGUGAUUAUUGGGUGAUUUCGGAUGCCUAAUUGGGUAAUUAAUAUAAUACAGUAUAAGAUUAGAUGCCUCGAAUAUUCGCUCUGUGCCUAACCACAAAAACCGUAACUUUUGGUUUUCUCUGAAACACAUCCCAAAGUAAAGAAAGCAUCACUCUUUUCGUCUUCUCUCGAAAAUGGCGGACAAUGAUUCUCUAGAUCAGUUUUUGGCUGCCGCCAUUGAUGCCGCUAAAAAAGCUGGACAGAUCAUUCGUAAAGGGUUUUACGAGACUAAACAUGUUGAACACAAAGGCCAGGUGGAUUUGGUGACAGAGACUGAUAAAGGAUGUGAAGAACUUGUGUUUAAUCAUCUCAAGCAGCUCUUUCCCAAUCACAAGUUCAUAGGAGAAGAAACUACAGCUGCAUUUGGUGUGACAGAACUAACUGACGAACCAACUUGGAUUGUUGAUCCUCUUGAUGGAACAACCAAUUUCGUUCACGGGUUCCCUUUCGUGUGUGUUUCCAUUGGACUUACGAUUGGAAAAGUCCCUGUUGUUGGAGUUGUUUAUAAUCCUAUUAUGGAAGAGCUAUUCACCGGUGUCCAAGGGAAAGGAGCAUUCUUGAAUGGAAAGCGAAUCAAAGUGUCAGCUCAAAGCGAACUUUUAACCGCUUUGCUCGUGACAGAGGCGGGUACUAAACGAGAUAAAGCUACAUUAGACGAUACAACCAACAGAAUCAACAGUUUGCUAACCAAGGUCAGGUCCCUUAGGAUGAGUGGUUCGUGUGCACUGGACCUCUGUGGCGUUGCGUGUGGAAGGGUUGAUAUCUUCUACGAGCUCGGUUUCGGUGGUCCAUGGGACAUUGCAGCAGGAAUUGUUAUCGUGAAAGAAGCUGGUGGACUCAUCUUUGAUCCAUCCGGUAAAGAUUUGGACAUAACAUCGCAGAGGAUCGCGGCUUCAAACGCUUCUCUCAAGGAGUUAUUCGCUGAGGCGUUGCGGCUUACAGGGGCAUGAAGUCAUCUGUUAUUAUUUUACAAUAUGGUCUCAACCUUAUAUGAUCAAACUCAAUUCAAAAACUUAACAUUAUUGAAUAUUUCUUUUCGGUAGAAAGAAAACAAACUCAAUUGUUGAGAAAAAAAAAAAACUAUUUUCUUUCUGCUACCCUUUGUGAAUUCAAUUAAAAAAAAAUCAUAUGUUUGGUAUUGAAUGAUAUAAUUCUGUUCUUCCAUGUAGUUGAUCUUUGU